AUGGAUAUUCCUUCUGCAUCGAACAGUGAGGACGAUCUUAGUGGUACCAUUAGAGACAAAGUCCUUCCAUUCCUUCCUGCUAAAUCACUGUUCAGAUUCAUGGCUGUUUGUCAUCAGUGGAAGCGCCUUAUAUUAACACCAUCCUUCCACCUCGAUCAAUCGCUUCGUUUCACUGACAUAACAGGCCUUUUUUGUCAGACUCCUGGAAAUCUAAAUCCUCCUGUCUUCAUACCAAUUGAUCCAACAUCUGCUGGUGUACCAGAUCCAUCUUUGAGCUUUCUGCCAGAGCCUGUUGUCAUUAGGGCCUCAUCAAAUGGACUGUUGUGUUGCCAAGGACGAAAUGGAGACAGGGACUACUAUUUGUGCAACCCAGCUAUAGAACAUUUUAAAAAACUUCCAAAACCUACUGCUUCUCAUGGAUCUGAGCCAGCACUUGUGGUGAUAUUUGAACCGUCACAGCUCACCGAUGUCGCAUCUGAGUACAAACUCAUUUGUGCCUUCGAAGCUACUGAUUUUGAUGAUGCAAUUGAAUUUGAAAUAUACUCCUCCAAGAAUAAAUCUUGGGAUGUUUCUGAGGUGAUUUUUUUUGGAGCUAAAAAAGCUACUCUGGGACUUGGUGUUCAUGUCAAGGGUGUUGUUUACUGGCCUGUGAAGAGGGGUGGAAUUGUUUCUUUUGAUCUAACAAAGGAUAAGUCAGAAUUACUGGACACCGUCAAACCUAAACGCGCUAACUGCGUACUGGGAACAUAUUAUGGAACGCUUUGUAAGGCUUAUAUCCGAUUGCGUUACGCAGAAGUGCUGGUCGAUGCCAUGGUUAAUUUCCAAUGGCCUGACGAACUACAAAUGUGGGAAUUAAUGCGCUGCACUGUUUAUCCUGAAGACACUAAAAUGCCGUUGGAUAAUAUUGCCUCCAGAGUUGUUGCUGUAGGCAGAGAAGAGGUGGUGGUUAAGUGUGGGAAUCAAUUAUAUUCCUUUAAUUUUCAAACUGAGAAAACUGAAACACUUACCCAGCCAGAUGAGCCGUAUUAUGAGAUAUGUGUGCCCUAUGUGAAUAAUUUUGUUUACCUCUGA